AUGUCGCUGACGAUGCACCGGCACCCCGAAUGGCAUCUCUUUGUAACACCGACGUACACCGCGAUGCCCGCGGAUUGGCCACAGCAGGAACAUGUCUCCGGCGUCCUGGAGUUCGAGCGGAUCAUCAUCACUCACUUUGCCAGGAUGUUGAUGUCUUUCCUCUCGCACGUCCUCACCGCCUGGUUUGCGUUCCUGCUGCCCAGCUACGCGACAUGGAAGGCCCUUGCCCACCGUCCCCUCGCCGAGCCGGAACUCGAGCGCUGGGGACAGUACUGGGCCGUAGUCGGCGCCUUCGUCGCAUUCGAGUACGUUUCAGGGUGGCUCCUCGACUGGGUUCCGUUCUACUGGGAGGCUAGAACCGUCUUCCUCCUCUUCCUCGCCCUCCCGCAGACCCAGGGCUCCACCUGGGUCUACCAGACCUACCUCCAGCCGUUCCUCCUCAAGAACCAGGCCGACAUCGAUGCCGGAAUCACCGCGGCGCAGACCAACGUUCUCACCUUCGUUCAAUCGCGCCUGCAGGUCUUCUGGCAGACCUUCUGGGACCUCGCGACCAAGGCGUCCGCCCAGCCCGGUGCCGCCGCCGCCGCUCCCGGCGCUGCCCCGCAGGCCGCCCCCGGCAGCAACCCCGUCGAUGUCGCACGUUCGCUGUGGGCCUCGUACGGCUCCUCCCUGAUCGGCGCGAUCCAGCAGGCGUCGAAGCCAGCCACGGGCAAGCAGCCGCAGGCGACGGACUACGCGGUCAAGGCGCGCCCUGCUGCCUCCCCGUACGACGUCGGCACGGGCUCGUCGAGCUCCGUCCAGACCAGCCAAAACGCAUUCUCCGCCGAGAUGGUGAGCAACUUCUCCCCGGCGGCGUCUUCGACGAACCUUGCGCAGCCCCCGGCCUUCCCCCAGCCCGAGGUGCAUGCUGCGUAG